AUGUGGGGCCCCGGGGUCCCCGCCGAGGGCCUGUCCGUGGCACCGGCGCCACCUCUGCUGCCGCUGCUGCUGCUGGCGCUGGCGCUGGUGGCGCCCUCGCGGGGCGGCGGGGGCUGCGCGGAGCUGGCUUGCGGGGAGCGGGAGCGCUGCUGCGACUCGGCCAACGCCACGGCAGUGCGCUGCUGCAAGCUGCCGCUCCACGCCUUCCUGGACAACGUGGGCUGGUUCGUCCGCAAGCUCUCCGGGCUGCUCAUCCUGCUUGUGCUCUUCGCCAUCGGCUACUUCCUGCAGCGCAUCAUCUGCCCCACCCCACGCAGGUACCCGCGUGGCCAGGCACGACCUGGGCAGGCACGACCCGGCGCUGCGGGAGGCGCGGGGCCCCCGGGGACCACCGGGCCACCCGACGACGACGACGACUCGCCCGCCUUGCUGCGGGACGAGGCGGCCGCAGGUUCGCAGGACUCGCUGCUGGACAGUGGGGGCCGGGGAGGGGGCGGACGCCCGGGCCCCUCGGAGCACGAGCUGCGCGUGGUCUCGCCGGUCUUCCUGCAGCUGCCCAGCUACGAGGAGGUCAAGUACCUGCCCACCUAUGAGGAGUCCAUGCGGCUGCAGCAGCUCAGCCCCGCCGAGGUCGUGCUGCCCGUGUCGGUGCUCGGCCGUCCGCGAGGCGGCGGUGCCGGGGACCCCAACGGCGGCCAGGGCCGCUUCCCGCUCAUCUGAGCGCCCAGAGCCUCGCCGGGACCAGCCUGACCCGGCGUGGUUGGGGGCUGCGGGUGGCAAGCCACGGCUGGUGUAUCCGCGGCCACCACGGACUGCCUGUGACCCCGCCUAGCAUCCCCGCAUACCCUGUCGCCCCACGCCUGGACUGGGGUCAGUCUCCUCCCUCUCGCUCCCCGGGGAUCGGAUGUGUCUUUGGGCUCAAGGCUGAGGCGGACGAGCCCCCCAGCGCCACUUGGACCGACGUCCCGCCCUCUGCCAUGCCUCUCCUCAUGUUCCCUCGUAAGUGCCUGCUUCCCGAAUCCCGGAGGACACGUGAGCCCCUAGGUGCCUCUCCAGACGGGCAGUUUGCUUUUAGGUUCAAAAGGAAGGAGCGGAGUUCUAUUCCUUGCCCUCCUGCCUGAACAUGGUCUCCCAGGACAGGAUGGUGAGGAGCCAGCCAUCCCUGUGCAGCCGCCACCAGUGACUGUUACCUGCGGGUCUCGAGGAGCGCAGGUUUUUGCUGUGUUAGAACCCCAUCUUGAGAAGGAGCCAGAAAACUUCCUCACCUAACAAAUAUCUAGUCACAGCUGACCGCUCACGGGGGGGGGGGGGGUACCACAAAGGAUGGUUUAGUUGCUGCGCCUAGAGAGGAGAUAGCAACUACUUACUUCCGAUGGACUUUUUUGUUGCAGUAAGUUCUAAGGUGUUUAUUUUGUCAUUUAUUUUUGUAUUGAAAGCACCAAGAAAAUAGUUCGAGAAAUUGACAACAUAAUCGUGUUAUCACUGUUUUUUUUGGGGGGGGGGGGUUGUUUUUUAAGACCAGUAAUGGUCAGGAAGUUGCCCAUAUUCUGUCUUUAUUUUAUUUUAUUUUUGGUCUUUUUGAGACAGGGUCUCCCUGUA